GACCCGGCCCACAAGGAAGAGGUUUACGUCAAUUGCCAAAAUAGUUGAACAUUUUUAGGGUUUUAGACAAUCUCGAGAUUAAUUCUUCACCAAGAUUUCCAGGGGAAAAAGCAAAAUAACAAGUGUAGGUUAAUUCCUUCUGAGAAGAUGGCUGGAUUUCCAGGAUACGGUGCCCUUGCCCCCAAGACUAAGAAUCUGGUUAUGGCCGGAGGUUUGUCAGCAUUUGUUUUUGGUGUGUAUUACUAUACUAUGAGAGCUGUUGGAGGCUCAGAUGAACUUCAGGUAGCCAUUGAUAAGUUUGAAGAGGCAAAACACAACAGUGAGUCUGAAGCAAGUUUGGCACCCAAGUCCUGAUUGUGUCCAAUAUGAAGGUAAUUUAGCAAUUAGGAAGAAGUGUUGGAUGUUUGUGAAACAGUGAAACAGGACUUCGAUCAUCUUAUGCUUGUUGAAUAACUUCUCCUGUUUCUCAUGCUUUCCGGAUAUAUAUACUUUGCUGUAAAGAUAUCAAGAUACUCUAUUUCUUUUUAAGCUUUCUCAUUGUGAUAAAUUUUUCUCAAAUUUCUUCAGACUA